GCAGAGGCGGUACGGAUAGCGCAGCAAUGGGGAGGGCUGGCAGUCUUGACUGGCGGAGACCUGCUAUGGUUCAGCAGGUGGUGGGAAGGAAGGAAGGAAGGAAGGAAGGAAAGACGCGCCCGGGAAAGUCCCUCCCCAGCCCGAGCGCCGCGUCGUAGCUUCAGGUAGCCGCAGGGCGACAGGCGUGGCCGCGCUGGGCUUACCGAGGAAAGACGGUCGUGGCAUCCGGGCCAUGUGGGGAGCGCGAUCCGUAGGACUCUUGGGAUUUUCUUCGCCGCGGAGGAAAUACUGGUCGCUGGUUCGAUUCGGGACGGACGGCAGAAGUCUCCAGGCUGUGUUGUCUCGAUCCGGGUAGGGACCUCCCGUAGCAGGCGCAGUUUAUACAGGAGACGUGAUCCCAGAAGAACAUGGAAUUGGCCAGUGAAAAACUAAGGAAGGAACUGGAGGAGGAGUUGAAACUUGGAUCUGAGCAACUGCGCAGCCACGCCUGGUACCAUGGCUGUCUGCCACGGCGGGAGGCAGAGUCUCUACUGCAGGAUGAUGGAGAGUUCCUUAUUCGUGACUCGCGGUCCAGCCCAGGUGACUAUGUCCUGUCAUGCUGCUGGGAAGGCCAGGCCAUGCACUUCAAGAUCAUCCGUGUGGUGCUCCGCCCCCGAAAGGGCUAUUCUUGCACCCUCUUCCAGUUUGAGCAGGAGCAGUUUGACAAUGUGCCCGCCCUGGUGCGCUUCUAUGUGGGCAACCGGAAAGCCAUCUCGGACACCUCAGGAGCUGUGGUGUCCCGGCCUGUCAACAGGAGUGUGCCCCUCCGUUGGCUAAAGGAGCAUUUCAGUGACACCAGCCAACCCCCUGGAUUAACCAAGGAAGAUGAGGCACCCAUUCAACGGUUCAGCUUCCAUGUGGCCAUGAGUGGAGAAGAAAUGGGAGAAGGGAAUUUGCUCCGGACAAAAGAUCGAAGUGGAAGUGACCCCAGUAGCCUAGACCAGUUGGGCCGGAGACCAUCCUUGCAUGGUGCCCAAUCAGACAGCAAUUUACUGACAGGCAGUGCAGAAAUGUCACCUGGCAUCCAUGACCGGAGUCAACUCCCUCCCCUGUCUCCUGCCUUCCGCACAGGCAGUGACCCUGUCCUGCGGACCAAUGCCCUGUUGUCUCAUCUACUGGGAGGUCUGGCAUUGAGUGGCUCUGAGGGGCUGCUCCACUCUAAGCCUCCACCCAAACCUUUGAGGGCCCUGUCCAUGCUGGUGGGUGACUACUGCGAACUGGUUCCCAAGGCUCCUGAAGGCACAGGGAGCCACGUGGAACGUCUGCGGAAGGAGGAGAGAUGGCGUGGUCGGGCCCACAUCACAGAGACUUCCUUUGGGUUUCUCGACAUUGAUGGGGCACCUUCUCCCCUGCCCCACUUGAUGGAGGCUGAGGAGGAGCCAGGAUUUGAACGUCCCCUGCUAGAGACAACCUCCUCCUUUCAGCCUCGCCAUUUUAACUCGCUGCUCUUGACCCCUGAAAACAAGCCUCUGGAGCCCAGCGCCCUGAAGCGCCUCAAGGACAUCUUUGCCCAGCAUGACUGCCAGGCCACAGCCCUUCACAUUCUCCAGGUCGACUCCCAGGCUGCCAGAAUCAUUGGUGUCUCCACAGAGCGGCAGCGGGCAAUGGGGGCGAGCUCAGGUCUGGAACUUAUAACCCUGCCUCAAGGGUAUCAGUUGCGGAAAGACUUGCUGGAAAGGUAUGUACUGGGAUCCCUAAGGCCAAAUCUGAGAGAAUUUCCUGAAUUUGGGGUCUCUCUUUGUCAACCCCUCAGGCACCACCUCAUAGCUUUGGGUAUUGCUGUGGACAUCCUAGGCUGUACAGGGUCAGUGGCUGAGCGGACAGCCACCUUGCACAAGAUCAUCCAACUGGCUGUGGAGCUGUGGAGAUCAGUGGGGGACCUCUUUGCCCUCUCUGCUGUGAUGAAAGCUUUGCAGCUGCCACAGAUCACACGACUGGAACAAACAUGGAGGCAACUGCGCCAGAGCCACACACAGAGUGCCAUCACAUUUGAGAAAGAGCUGAAGCCUCUCAUGGGGCGCCUGAAUUGGGCUGAAGGGCAUUCAGACCCGUCCCUGAAGGAUGUUGCAGUUCCCCACAUCCUGCCCCUCCUGUGCCUUAUGGAAGGAGAAGAGUUGUGGGGUAACAACGAGGAGUCAUGUGAUACCCUUCUACGGACACUGGAAACAGCUCGGUUCAUUGCCACCAAUGCCAGUGCCUAUAGAAUCAGUGCUGAAGCUAAGCUCCAAGGGUUCCAAGGUACUCCAGAGCUCCUGGAAACAUUCCAGACUGAAUUCUCACUCCGGUUAUUCUGGGGCAGCAAAGGAGCUGAUGCAGACCGGGCUGAGAGAUACAGAAAAUUUGAACGGAUCCUGACUGUUCUUUCCCAGAAACUGGAGUGAAGCACAGGGAUAGAAGUUUUGUACUUCUGUUGGAUAAUCUGUUGCAGUCUAUGUCGUGUGUGCUUUUUUUACAAACUGUAGAGGCAGCUUAUCACAAGAGAGCUCAGCUAGGUUGUGGAUCUUUGGGGGUACAUGGGUGAUGAAGAACUGAGGCAGGUACUAGUCCACUAACACCCAAAUGAUCACAUACACACAGCAGUCUGGCAUUUUUAUAAACUUCUUUAAAAACCCACACUUGAAGGCCAGAGAAACAAGAAGUCAACUGCACAGGCACCCACAAGCUAAACUUUGUCUACUAUUUACAUAAAGUGUAAAAAGGCACCUGCAAAUACAUUCUACAUCUUGAGAGUGUGUGUGUGUAGCUCAGGUUUCCCCCUCCCUUCCCCCACCAUGCUUCAGGGGGGCAGGGUUAAGAGCCAGGGACAUUUUAUAGGUUAUGUAAGAAGCUAAACUGAGUGGUAAAAUAAAUUGGUCGCUGUAUAAAAA